AUGGAUGAGCUGUCCAAGGAGCAGAUCGACGAGUUCCGGGCGGCCUUCAACCUCUUCGACAAGGAUGGCGACGGGACGAUCACGACCAAGGAGCUCGGCACGGUGAUGCGGUCGCUGGGUCAGCGCCCGUCGGAGGAGGAGCUGCGGGAGAUGAUCGCGGAGGUGGACACCGACGGCAACGGCGUCGUGGAUUUCUCCGAGUUCCUCACCCUCCUCGACCGCAAGAUGCGCGGCGCCGAGGACGAGCUCCGCGAGGCCUUCCGCGUCUUCGACCAGGACAAGGACGGCUUCAUCUCGCUCGACGAGUUCCGGCACGUCAUGGUCAAGCUCGGCGAGCGCCUCUCCGACGAGGAGCUCGCGGAGAUGCUCCGCGAGGCCGACCUCGACGGCGACGGCCAGAUCAACUACUCCGAGUUCGCUAGGGUCAUGAUGGCCAAGAUGGACUCGACGGGAUCAAAACCAUCGGCGCCGCCGCUCUUCAAGAAUGGACUCCGGGUCUGCCGCUACCUUCUGGCCUUCCGGAUCAUGCAGAUUGGCCGGAGUAAACGAGGACGGCGGAAGUCACAGGAAAACAGCCGUGAGAUGGUAGGAGAGAAGACCGACGGCGAUGCAGAUCCCCCGCCGGAACAAGGAAACAAGGACAAGGACAAACGAGGAAGCUGCAUCCCCUCAUGUAUCAUCCUCUGAAAAUUCAGGCUUUUUGUUUCACCCUUCAGUUCUGAUUUACAGCUGAAGGAACAAGUGUAU